CUACAACAAUGGGCAAUUGGGCAUACGGUAGAAACUUCAAAUACUCGUCUUCUCGUCUCCUAAUCAGACGAACAACUUUCCAACCAUUCCGCCACCGGCUGUGACUUCGACUACAAAUGGGCAUCUCGUGGAGUAAAAGGCAUCGCCACCACCAGAACCAUGUGAAUCAACACCAGCAACCUGGCACUCCAUACUCCUCUUAUGGCCCUUCUCUUCUGGUCAACCCUCUCGAACCAAUUCCAACACCGCCACCUCCUCCACCGCCGCCGUCUGCAUCAACACCCCAUACUUUCCGACCACAAACACCAGGCCAACCCCCUGAACCACCAAGCUAUUCCUUCGCAGCUAACGCCCCUUAUCAUGCACCCUCUUCAGCACAACAACACUUCCGCCCCGCGCAACUCCCUCCCCGUCCUCCACCGCCUCCUCCUCCUCCUCCUCCUCCUCCUCCUCCGUAUAUUCCUAACUACAACUAUAAUCACAACUACUCUAAUUACUAUUCUAGGCCGGUAAAUAACAUGGGUCAAUACUCCAACUACCGUCCGUCUUUCGUCCCCCAUAUGAGGUGGGGCCCAAUCCCUCCGCCGCCGCCAUCACCACCUCCAGUGCCUUACGUUGAUCACCAGAGUGCCAAGAAGAUCAAGAAUGAUGUGAAUAUUCACAAGGACACCAUCAGGCUUCAAGUAGAUGUGCUGAACCAAGAUUACCAACUGGUAACGUUCACUUUCGAUGCCUUGGUAGAUGGAAGUAUUACUAUCUUCUAUUUCGCCAAGGAGGGGGCCAACUGUACAUUCACUCCAGUGUAUCCUGAGAUUGUGCCUGUAAAAAUUCCAUUUCAAAAAGGAGUGGGCCAGAAAUUCUGUCAGCCUUCUGGAACUGGUAUUGAUCUAGGCUUCUUCGACAUUGAUGACUUGUCAAAGCCUUCCCCAGGAGAGGACAUUUACCCACUUGUUAUAUCAGCUGAGUCACAUGUGCUAUCCACCCCUGUGGAUGAACAGCCAUAUGUGGAAGUGGUGAAUACAUCACCCAAUGCACAAAUCACUCAGGCGGUCUUAGAAAGGAAAGAUGAAGGAAAUUUUCAAGUAAAAAUAAUCAAGCAAAUUUUGUGGACUGAUGGUGUUCGUUAUGAGCUGCGUGAGAUUUUUGGCAUCAGAAGUCCAGAUGAAACAGCAAUCAGUGACGUGGACUCAGGAAAAGAAUGUGUCAUUUGCAUGACAGAGGAAAAGAAUACAGCUGUUUUGCCCUGUAGACAUAUGUGUAUGUGUUGUGAUUGUGCCAAGGAGUUGAGGCUUCAAUCGAACAAGUGUCCUAUAUGUCGCCAGCCCAUUCAGGAGAUUCUAGAGAUCAAACUUGAUGAAGAAGGUGAGACCUAGCAAGAGAAGUAUACGUGCAACAAAAUUGAGCUGCAGCUUUCGUAUGAAUGCUCAUCGUCCACAAUUUGAAGUUUGGUAAUCAUAAAUGCUUAUAACAUAUUGUGUAUAGCAAAUUAUACUGUAGACGGUAUAUUCAUUUUUAAAAUUUCUUAAUUUGUUAUCCAGGUUUGUGUUUAAUUUAACUUUGCUUGCAAGUAUUUUGUCGCUCUUUUCAAAAACCACUUUGUUUCCAUGUUUACAUAUCUCUUCGUUGUGUAUACAAUACGUGUAUUAAUGCUGCCUCUGUGAUUGGGAAAGAUGGGUUAUAUUUUUGUAGAGGUAGUGAAGUUGAUACUCGAAUGCUCAAACUUUAUAAUUUACGUACGUAUUUUUGUGAAAAUUACUUUAUA